UGGGGGAGUGUCCAUUUAUUGAAGUCAGUUCAUACUUAUUAAAUAGACUUCUCUUUUAUUCUCUUACUUUCCAACUACCAACCGUUACUCACGCAAUCUGAAGAUGGAGCUGAUGACCCAUUCUUCGCCGUUUCUCCUUCCUCCAAUCUCCGGCGAUCAACGGCCGUCGCUUAACUACGCUCUGAUUGUCCUGAACCAGCAGCUUCCUAAAUACACUCCUCUUAUCUGGAAUCACGCAAAAGUACGUGUCUGUGCAGACGGAGGCGCCAAUCGUGUGUUUGAUGAAAUUCCUCUCUUGUUUCCUACUGAAGAUGCUCUCGAUGUUCGAUGCAGGUAUAAGCCAGAUGUGAUCAAGGGAGACAUGGAUUCAGUCCGUAGGGAAGUGCUUGACUUCUAUACCGGUCUGGGAACCAAGGUGGUCGACGAAUCUCAUGAUCAAGACACCACAGAUUUACACAAGUGCGUUGCAUAUAUUUGUGACUCUACUCCGGAUUUGGAUAAAUCUAGUCUCCGCAUUCUUGUUGCUGGAGCGCUAGGUGGACGAUUUGACCAUGAGGCUGGAAACAUUAAUGUACUUUAUCGUUUCUCAACCACCCGGAUAAUCCUUUUAUCCGACGACUGCCUCAUCUACCUCCUUCCAAGAACUCACUCUCACGAGAUCUAUAUCGAACCUUCUAUAGAGGGACCGCACUGUGGACUCAUCCCAAUAGGGGAGCCUGCUCGGAGUACCACGACGACUGGGCUCCAAUGGGAUAUGACUGAUACAGAGAUGAGCUUUGGUAGUUUGAUAAGCACGUCAAACAUAGUCAAAGGAGAAAAAGUAACAGUUCAAUCCAGUUCAGAUCUUCUAUGGACAAUUUCCAUUAAAAAGGUUUAACGCAGCUAACAAGCUGCGGAACUAAUAAAUGCUCGUAACCUACAUUGCAAUCACCCUUUUUAACGACACAAGUGCAUUAUUUUGGAUGAUUUUUUGUGUCCAUAUAUGAUUUAUUGUCUGGAAGAAACUCACCAGUUAAUAUUUCUUCCAGCUGUGGAUUAGUAAUAAUAUAAUUUCAUAUUGAGUUUAUAGAAGUAUUUUCCUUCUUUCUAGCCUUUAGCUGCUUCUGAUUUGCCAGGAAGCAAAGUUAUUGUAAUUAUAUAUCAUCUUAGGCAACUUUCCAUUAUUAUCAGUUUUGUUGUAAUAAACUUUUGGUCCUUUUCAUUGUA